AUGCAAACAGCGGCAGCAGCAGCGGCAGCGGCAGUAAAAAGCAACGGCAGAGCUGUAAACACUGUGGUUGGAGAAACCAUGAAAGUAGUAGCUGCAAAUUUAAAAAUUGCAAAUGCAAUAAUUGUGGACGUUGUAGAUGAUAAGUGUCAUCCAAAGUCACCACCUCCUUUCGUCAUUGAUGUAGAAGUGAACGGUGUUAAGCUCGCAUUUGUGCUAGAUUCUGGAGCAGCUUGUUCAUUACUUUCGAAAGGCGAUUUCCAUAAACAUUUUGGGAGAAUCAAGCUAAAGAAAUGCAACGAUCAGUUUGUCACAUACAGUGGUGAUAUUGUGGGGAUUUUGGGUGAGUUUAGUGCUUCAAUUAAGUGUCGUGGACAGUCGCACAAGUUGCGAAUUGUGGUUAGUGAUACGCUUAGCCGCCCUGUUUUUGGUAGGGAUUUUAUGUCACUUUUUGGGAUGGAAAUAAGCACACUGAGUCAGUUAGAUGAUAGAGUAGCGUUUCUAAAAAGUAGAUUUUCUACAGUUUUUGCUGAAGGGUUAGGAACGUAUAAGGUGCAUAAGGUUAAACUUAGUCUUAAAGAGGAUGCAAAACCUGUUUUUUGCAAGCCCAGGCCAGUGCCAUUGGCUUGGCGUAAAGAAAUCGAAAGACAGAUUCAGGAUUUGGUAAAAAAGGGUGUUUUAAAAUUAAUAGAGGAUUCAGAUUGGGGUACGCCGUUAGUACCAGUGUUAAAGUCUAAUGGUGAAUUACGUAUUUGUGGCGACUAUAAGUCGACCAUCAAUAAGCACCUGCUAGAUGUGAGGUAUCCGUUACCUAGGAUUGAAGAACUAUUUGCUUCCCUUAAAGGACAGUUCUUCACCAAACUUGAUUUGUCAAAUGCGUACAAUCAGCUUGAAUUGGUAGAAGAAUCCCAACGGUUAUGCGCAUGGAGCACACAUUUAGGUAUUUUUAAGAUAACCAGAUUACCAUUUGGUGUUAAGCCUGCCGCAGCCAUUUUUCAGAAAACUAUAGAAAACGCAUUGCGUGGUAUACCUAAUGUUGUUAAUUACCUGGACGAUAUUCUUAUAUCAGGAGAUACUAUUGAAGAGCAUAGUAACUCCAUUGAAAAAGUUUUGAAAAGAUUAGAGAGCGUGGGUUUGCCUUUAAACGCUAAUAAGAUUUCAGCAGUCGUUAAUGCUCCAAUACCGAACAAUUUAUCUGAAGUUCGUGCAUUUAUUGGAUUAGUUAAUUACUAUUCCAAAUUUAUUCCUAAGUUUGCUGAGAUUAUGGAGCCGUUAUAUGCAUUGUUAAGAAAGGGUGUUAAAUUCAGGUGGACAAAAUCAUGUCAUUAUGCCUAUGAAAAUCUUAAAAAGGAAAUUACAUCCGAUAGAUUCCUAGCUUCUUUUGACCCCAGUAAACCUAUUAUUUUACAAACGGAUGCGUCAAAUGUCGCUAUAGCCGGGACCUUGUCCCACAGUUUUCCUAAUGGAACAAUUAAACCGAUCGCUUUCGUAUCUCGAGCGCUUUCGACAGCUGAACGAAAUUAUAGUGCUAUUCAAAAGGAAGCACUAGCCAUAGUGUUUGCAGUAACUAAACUGCGACUCUAUCUGCUUGGUAAUAAGUUUGUUUUGCAAACUGAUCAUAAGCCGCUUUUGUCAAUUUUUGGUGAAAAUAAGGGACUACCAGUAAUGGCAGCAGCUCGUAUUCAGCGAUGGGCUUUGACAUUGUCUGGAUUUGAUUAUACCAUCGAGUAUGUCAAGGGGUCAGAAAAUUUUACAGACAAUAUUUCGCGUAUACCUCAAGAUUUGCUUCCUUCUGUAGAUACAGAGGAAAAUAAUUUUAAGGUAAUUGCAAAAGAGACUGCUCGCGACCCCUGUUUAGCGAAAGUAAAAGCCGCUAUUGAAACUGGGAAGUUACAUUUGUUAAAAGACAAAAUAUUUUCGCCUUUUCAAACUAAAAAUUUAGAGCUUUCGAUUGAGUGCGGAUGUAUAUUAUGGGGUUUUAGAAGUGUAAUACCUUAUACUUUGAAAAACCGUGUUUUAAAAGAGUUACAUGCAUCUCAUUUAGGCAUUGUAAAGACAAAAGCUUUGGCUAGGUCGUAUGUUUGGUGGCCUAAUAUAGAUAAGGAUAUAGUAAAUCUUAUAGAUAGAUGUAUUCCAUGUAAAAAGGUUCAGCCUAGUCCAAAGAAAAGCCCACUAAUUCCGUGGGAAAUGCCUAGCUCAGUAUGGUCGCGCAUUCACAUUGAUUUUGCCGGGCCAGUCAAGAAUGUUUACUUUUUAGUCGUAGUUGAUGCAUACUCCAAAUGGGUAGAAAUUUUUAAAACAAAGCAGAUAACAGCGGCAUUCACGGUGGAGAAAUUAGAAGAGCUAUUUUGUAGGUAUGGUUUAGUGGAUGCCAUAGUAAGUGAUAAUGGAACCCAAUUUACAGCAUGGGAAUUCCAACAAUUUUUAAAGGAUAAUGGCAUCAAACAGAUUCUUACACCUCCAGGGUUUCCAGCUACAAAUGGGCAAGCCGAAAAUUUUGUUAAAACUUUUAAAAAAUCUCUUGAAGCAAGUUUAAGCUCUGGUGAAAAAGGAAGUUUAGACAUAGUGCUUAAGAGAUUUCUAUUUGAUUAUCGUACUAUGAAGCAUUGUACAACAAGAGAGUCUCCAGCUAAACUUAUGUUAGGUAGAGAAAUGAAAACGCGGUUCGAUUUAUUAAAACCACCUUUAGUGAAAGACAGAGUGAGAGAAAAACAACUUAGUAACAUUCAAAACCAUGGGGGUUCUAGAGAUAUUAUUUUUACGGAAGGCACACCGGUCUUUAUCCGAGAUUUUUCAGACCCAAAUAAGGUAGGAUGGCAGGAAGCGGUAAUUAAGGAGCGUUUAGGUCGACGAACAUAUGGUUGCACAAUAUCAAGAACUAAUAGGGUGAUUAAGCGCCACGUCGACCAAAUGAUGGCUUAUAGUGGUAGUGCUAUAAAAAAUGACUUAACUACGAAUGAGUUGAACGGUGCUGCUGAAGAAUCAAGUCCAAAUGUAGAGUCAGCCGUCGCUACUACGGAAGGAGACUUUUCCAAUCAACCUCAGUGGCGUCGCUCAUAUUAUAAUGAAAAUAAAACUGAAAAAAUAGAACAGGACACAGCCUCAACAAAGGAUAGAUUGCAACGUCUUGGUUACACCACCGGCUAUGGAACGAUUCAGGGCUACCCAGGAAGUACAGGCCUGUCUGCGUAUAAUCCAAUUAAAUUAGAUCUUGGUGGCGUUGUACUGGGCACACUGGUUGGGAUUGGUGCUAUUAUAAUAAUACCCAAACUUUUAAGUGCAUUUCAUGGUGGUUACGCGGGAUACGGCAGAAGUGAAAACGACAAUGAUUUGUCUUCUGUUGGCAACAUGAUCAACAAAAUCGAUGAUAUUCUGGGCCAAAAUAAUAUCGAUUCGACGAGCUGUAUGCAACGCGCUGUCUGCAGUUAUGUGCGUACAACAGAACAAAACAUGAAGACGGGGGUCUCAGACCAAAUGGAUGAAUUCAUUCAUAUGUUGUCUGAAAAUUCUUUAGUUGAUUACCUAUUGGAUGGUACUGCCAUCAAAGAAGCAUUGGAACAUGGAAAACAGGUUAACGGUAAAGUAUGCGAAGAAGUCUAUCCAUCGUGCCCACUUGAUAGUAAAACUGCAACGCAAGUCCUCAUGAAACUUCUACCGAAGAAAGCAGCAGAUAAAUCAGCUUCAUAAUAAAAAGCAAUUUCUCCAUAUAAACUCAUUAUGGAUUUACUAACGAAAGUAU